GUCGUUCCGAGUUCUCUCCAUUUACUCCCUCCCAUAUUGUCUUCUUCUAGCUAUCUACUAACCACAUUACAAAAUGUCAAUACCCGCAGUUCUAGUGAAUCAGGACCCGCACAGAAACGGGGCAUUGAGCCUUGAUGGUGCAAAACAGCUACAGGGAAUCAACCUGGAGAACCGGGAGAGAAGCGGCUUAGAUUUCCCCGACCGUGCACACGAUCCACUUGGGAAGGAAGUCAGAUCACUAAAGGCAGUCCCGUCAAGCAAAGAUAUUGGGGAGAAACUCAAGGAAGUGGUAGCGACUCUCUUGCCUGGCUUACGGGGCAUGUAUGGCAGGACAGAAGAGGAGUUGGAUGACAAUCUGGCUGUGCCAAUUAUUAAAGGAGAGGAAAUGGCGAGAAAUUUGAUUAGGGAGAUAGGUUGCGAUUAUGAGACUGCGAAAGAUUUGACCGUGCUGACACUUUACGAUGUGGCAAUCUUAAUUGGUAUGUUCCGAUACUGAAAUAUAGUCCUUAAUAUCAUUAUUUUUGCCCAUUGUUGAAUAGAUUUUUAGGCGACACCGAUUCCAUGGUCCUGGAAGAAAAUGGCGCGAGGAAGAGGGCCCUCAUACAAUAUGUCGACGGCAUCACGGAAAUCUGUUCGAUGGCAAAGGAAUCCGGCAUCCUUGCCAUGCACUUCAUGAACCGUGGGCGAGGCAAAGAAAACUGGACCGGGAAGUCGCAAGAAUAUCUAGAUCAGCACAGCUAUGGUGGUGUGACUAGGAUAGGAACCGCACUUAAGAAGAAGAUUCUGGAUAGAUAUGCACUUGGAAAUCCCGAUCAGAGAAAACCCCUGCUGGUACUCAUUGUCACUGAUCGCGCAGUAUGCUUACCCCCUAAGUUUCCUAAGGCUAUAUACUAACUCUCGGAAUACAGAUUGAGGGUGAGAGAAGAGGACAUCUGAAGUCUAUCAUUAGGGAUUGCGUGAACGAGCGUGCUGGGGUUGGCAAAGGGUUCGAAGGUUAGCUGUGGUAGGGUUUUGGUAAUAUACUUUUGCUCCCAUGCUUACCAAAGGUUCACAGCUAUAACAUUCCAGUUCUCACGCGUCGGAAACGAUUAUGGUGCAGCCCAGCUAUUGAGGGCGCUAGGCCAAGAUCCAGACCUCGCAGAAUUCAUCAAUGUGCUGCCGGACAAAUUUGAUCUCGAACUCCAGCCGGCAGAUAAGUGGAUUGUGGUGUGUCCAUAUCUGCUCUCCGAGCUCCUCGAUUUGGAACGGAAACAUACUAACUUCAUAUUCGUUUUUGAAUAUAGUUGCCUAAGAUCUUGCUUGGAGCAAUCCUACCCAAGGUAAGGCCUCCCCGCUCCAAUUUUCCCGUCCAAUAAUCCUCUAACAAUGGAGAACAGUGGCAUCAAGCGGCUCACAGAAAUCUUGCCAAGAUAAAGGGCAGCCUUGCCGAUAAGGGGAAGAAUGUUGCGGGUGCUGAUCCUGAAGACUGGUGGGAGUGAAAACUUUUCGGGGUUGGCUAAUCUCCUUCCGGACUGGCUGUCAUCAUAAUUUCCUUUCCCUUCACUGAUUCCGGUUCUGCACGAGCAAGGGGUUUCGUUUUCAUUUCGAAUGAAAAAAUUACCGCAAGCUCCUCACCCACCUU